AACAAACAAAAAAAAGAGGGAAGAAUUUAAUUGGAUCAUGAUAAUUACUAACAUUUAUACAAUGUUUUAUUGCUAAGCAUUUUACACAUUUGGGCCUCAAAAAAUCCUGUGGGAAACUGAGGCUAAUAGAGAUUAAGUUCAGAAUCAUACAGCAUAAAAAGAAGCAUUUGAAACGAGGUCUUUUAAUUCAGGACCAACGCCCCAUGUCAGCUGUUUGAGGACAAGCACAGUCUUUGUAUCCCUUGUGUCUAGGAAAGUGACUUGCAUACAGUUGUUGCUUAAUAACUGUUUAUUUAAUUGAGUUGAGAUAUUGAAGUUUUUGGAUUAGAAAAAAAGAACAUAUUUAUAAGCUGGAUUCUGUAUGCUAGUAAAUUGUUUAACGCUUUGUUGUGGGGGGGUGUAUGAAGGACACACUUGAAUUUCCAUUAUUAACAUUUUUUCCUUCACUUUCUUAAGUCUAGAUAAUCAACAGAACAACAAAUUAAGCUGAUUUCCGAGACGUAAAUGCUCAUACUGAAAAUUUAGCAGUCCGCCCAAACUGUCUCCAACCCUCCCUUCUGCAGCCUCUCAGAAAUUCUGCGGACUAAGCUUUCACAUUUCGGUGUUAGAACUCUCAAAAGACCUCGGCCUACAAGUCCCAGGGUGCCUCGCGAGGCAGCGUCCCUCACAUCGCGUCCCCUUCUCUCCUUAGGGCAAGGGAAUAAAGGUUCCGUUGUGGGCGCACUGCGGGCUGGUUUGUUAUGGUCUGCGGGUGACGGAGGCUCGGGGGUGGGGGGACGGCGUGGAGCCGGUAGGCGGGCGGGCGGGCUGGGGCGUAGCGAGGCUGGGGCUCCCCCUUCUCUCCACAUUGGGGGGCGGGCAGAAGGGAGGCGGGAGGCCGGGCAGGCCGGCUGCCUGGGGCCGAGCCGCGAAGACCGAGUGGUCGGAGGAGAUGGAGGGCGGCGGCAGCGGGGGUGGGACGGCCCCGCGCGGGAGCGGCCCGGCCUCGGGCCCCGGCGGCUUCGGGCAGGUUCGGGAGCUGAGCCGGGCCUUCGCCCACCACCGCCUCCACCUGAAGCGGCUGCAGCAAAAUCUGAGCGAGACCCAGAAGUUCUUCCGCGACAUACAGUGCUCCUAUGACUGCAGCUUUCCCCCCUUGUCCCCGGCCCGGGGUGGCGGCGGCCCCGAGCAGGGCCCGGCCGACGGCGAUGGAAGGAUGCUGCACGCGGGGCACCUGAGCUGCAUUUCCUUCCCUCCCCGUGAAGAAGAGUUCCUCCAGUUGAUGGUGAACUGCCUUCCCUGUAUCUUCAUCCUGGGCCAGGACUGUAAUGCAAAGUGCCAGCUGCUGAACAUGUUGCUGGGGGAGCGGAUACUGCCCACCCCGAAGCGGGGCAGCGAGGAGGGCUGUAAGCGACGGCGCCUCCGCUUCACCAGUGGGAACCAGACACGGGUCAGCCUGGCGCUGCCCGGCCACUAUGAACUAGUGCACACUCUGGCCUCGCACCAGGGCAAGUGGGAAACCGUUCCUGAGGAGGACCUGGAGGCCCACGAAGAGAGUGAGGACCCCACCCACAUCUUGGCAGAGCUGGAGGUGACCAUGCCCCACGUUUUACUGCAGGAAGUAGACAUUGUGGUCGUGCCAUGCCGUGGAUUCCAUCCCCCAGUGGAUACUCUGAGUGAGUUAGUGAAUGGUGUCCUGCCUGUGAUGAUCUUUGCCAUCAACAAGGAUGAACUCUCAGAAGGAGAUGAGGAGGAAUUGAAGGACAUCCGGGAACGGCUUGCUCUGCCCAUAUUCUUUUUCAAAGUGCCGAAACUGGGCUCUGAGCUGAUUUCCCCCAACUCAUCCCCCAAGAAAAGAGUGGAGACUGAAAGAUCAUCGCUUCACCGACAGCUGGUGAACCUGAACUACCUGAAUGAUAGUCACUGUAACUGUGGGACUCCCGCCUUCGAUGCCAAAGUGCAGAGUGUGUUGGUGGAACAGAGUGAUAAGUUGCGACAAUUGAACACAUUCACUCACCAGGUGCUGCAAACGCACCUUGUAGAUGCAGCCACAGUUCUGAACUUGGUGCAUUGCCAGUGCUUGGAUAUCUUUAUCAACCAGGCCUUUGACAUGCAGCGUGACCUGCAGAUCACACCGAAGCGGCUCGAGUACACUCGGAAGAAGGAAAAUGAAUUGUAUGAAUCACUGAUGAACAUUGCCAACCGCAAGCAGGAGGAGAUGAAGGAUAUGAUUGUGGAGACUCUCAAUAUCAUGAAGGAAGAACUUCUUGAAGAUGCAGCCAACAUGGAGUUCAAAGAUGUCAUCAUCCCUGAGAAUGGAGAGCCAGUGGGCACCAGAGAAAUCAAAUGUUGCAUCCGUCAGAUUCAGGAGCUUAUCAUCUCUCAGCUCAACCAGGCUGUGGCCAAUAAGUUGAUCAGCUCAGUGGACUACCUGCGUGAGAGCUUUGUGGGAACCCUGGAACGGUGUCUGCAGAGCCUGGAAAAGUCCCAAGAUGUAUCGAUCCAUAUCACUAGUAACUAUCUCAAACAGAUCUUGAAUGCUGCCUAUCAUGUUGAAGUGACAUUUCACUCAGGGUCAACAGUAACCAGGAUGCUGUGGGAGCAGAUCAAACAGAUUAUCCAGAGAAUCACAUGGGUAAGUCCUCCUGCUGUCACUCCAGAAUGGAAGAAGAAGGUGGCCCAGGAUGCCAUUGAGAGUCUCAGUGCCUCCAAGCUGGCCAAGAGCAUUUGCAGCCAGUUCCGGACCCGGCUUAAUAGCUCUCAUGAGGCAUUUGCAGCCUCCUUGCAGCAGUUGGAAGCUGGUCAUUCGGGUCGUCUGGAGAAAACUGAAGACCUAUGGCUGAAGGUUCGCAAAGAUCACGCCCCACGCUUGGCCCGCCUGUCUUUGGAGAGCCGGUCCCUGCAGGAUGUCUUGUUGCAUCGUAAACCUAAACUGGGCCAGGAGCUAGGCCGGGGGCAGUAUGGUGUGGUGUACCUGUGUGACAACUGGGGAGGCCAUUUCCCCUGUGCCCUGAAAUCAGUUGUCCCUCCAGAUGAGAAGCAUUGGAAUGAUUUGGCAUUGGAGUUUCAUUAUAUGAGGUCUCUGCCCAAGCAUGAGCGUCUGGUGGAUCUUCAUGGUUCCGUCAUCGACUACAACUACGGCGGUGGCUCCAGUAUUGCAGUGCUGCUCAUCAUGGAGCGGCUACACCGGGAUCUUUACACAGGGUUGAAGGCGGGGCUGAUUCUGGAGCUGCGCUUGCAGAUAGCCCUGGAUGUAGUGGAAGGAAUACGCUUUCUGCAUAGUCAGGGGCUUGUUCACCGUGAUAUCAAACUAAAAAAUGUGCUGCUUGACAAGCAGAAUCGAGCCAAGAUCACUGACCUGGGUUUUUGCAAGCCUGAGGCCAUGAUGUCUGGUAGCAUCGUGGGUACCCCAAUCCAUAUGGCCCCAGAGCUCUUCACAGGGAAGUAUGACAAUUCCGUGGACGUGUAUGCUUUUGGGAUCCUCUUCUGGUAUAUUUGCUCAGGUUCUGUAAAGCUCCCUGAAGCAUUCGAAAGAUGUGCCAGCAAGGACCACCUCUGGAACAACGUGCGCAGAGGAGCCCGUCCAGAGCGACUCCCAGUGUUUGAUGAGGAAUGCUGGCAGCUGAUGGAAGCCUGCUGGGAUGGCGAUCCCUCUAGGCGUCCCCUCCUUGGCAUUGUUCAGCCCAUGCUCCAGGGUAUCAUGGACCGGUUGUGCAAGUCAAACUCUGAGCAACCAAGCAGAGGACUGGAUGAUUCUACUUGAAAGGCCCCUUCUCUGUCUCAUUCUCCUACCCUCUCUCUUCCUCUUUCUUUUGUUUUUAAACUCCCUGGUCAUAGGAAGCACUUGGCAUCAUAGGAAGCACAGGAGGGAACUGUUUUGGCUGUGUAACCUGAGAUAACUUCAGACUAUCGUGACUUCAGUCAGCUGUGAGAAGCUGGAUUGUUCUCCCAGCAUGUUUGUCCAUUCUGUAUUCACCAGUGAUCCAAGCUGUCCCUUUGAGCAUAGACAGUCUUGAUCACAGAUAAAAGCUGAAGAGUGGGAGAUUUGGCCAUGGGAGCCAGAGCAAAUUCCACCUCCUCAUUUCUAAGAUCUAUAAAAAUUUUCCAAAGCACUAGAUGGGGUAUUAUGAUGUCAGUAAUAUAGACAUUUGGCUGACUUUUGUUGUAUCAGAAAUUAAUUGGUUGGUUCCAUCCAGUGGUCAGAACAGAUCCUCAGAAAUGUCAAGUUUAGGUGAUAUAAUUCGGGGAGAGGAAAGGUGAGAGAAGACCAGAAGGAGAAAGAGAAUUCUAUAGACAUGUGUCUGAUUCCUGCUAACUGUAACCAGAGCUUCUUGAUUGCAGUAGCAUAAAGCCUUGAGUUUGUGUGACUGUAAAUAAGGUCGGCAGUGUUCUUUGCACUGCCAGAUGUUUACAUUUGGGGAGGAGGUGAGAUCUUGUUCUUUUGGUUUUGAAGCUAAUUUCAGAUAAUAGUGAUACUUGGGGGUUGGAGGGUGGUGAUAUCCGAGUAGAUCUAACCUAGUUUAAAAUGUUUGGGUAAGACCCAAGAAAUCAGAAACACUUGGAGUUCCUUGGCUCUUAUAGGGAUUAUCUGUGUUCAGACCUCCUGGAAAGAUAACCAAUUUGUGUUUUUUAAAUAUUUGAAAAACAAAUCUUUAUUUUUUGAAUUUAACACACUGAUAUUUUAAAAUACUGCUUAUUGUCAGAUGUUUUAACCAAGCUUUCUUCUAUUGCUUCUUCUUCUCUCUCUCUCUUAAAUAUUAUUUGCUAUAAGAUAAAAUAGCCGAUGAGAAAGAAAAGAGCCCUGUAGCAGGUUCUUAAGUGUGCACAAUUACUGCAUAGAUCUGUCUGAGUGGGAGGCUCCCUCCUUCCCUCUUUUUGCAGUUAGCAGUAGAACAUAGAAAUGUCCUUGAGGAGUUUCCACACAGAGAUAGUGAAGGGGAAGAGAUCUAAUUCCUGGUAUAUGAAGAAUGCUGUGGACACUUCAGUUAUACUCAAAUUUUGGCUUCAAGCUUUUCUGGAUCCUAGUGUAUCAGCUACCCAAUCCUUUCUUUUUUUUAAAUAAGAAGAAUAAAGAGAAGACAGAAUUGACAUGAUUGGUUGGCUGGAAAAAGCUUCUGUCUGUUACUCAGUCUCUGUUUCCCAGCAGCUGUAAUCUGUUUUGCUGUGUUCUGUUCUUUAAAUGUCUGGAAUACUUUUGCAACUAGGGAUCUUUCAAGUUGGCAUUUCUUGCUGGAAUUUUCUAAUUAGAAAGAUUGUCUUGAUUAUUAACAGAGCAAAAAAAAAAGUGUUAGAACCUAGAGUUUAAAGUCUAGUCUGAUUGACUCUUUAGCCAUCCUGAGCAGGGGCUGUGCAGUUCCUCAGAUGUUCCAAUUAUAAAGAAGACCUUUGAGUUGCAAUUGAAGACAUUGUCAAUCAUGUAUCUUUGAGUCCUUAGACAUCACAUUUCUUGUAGUAGACUAUCUAGUGCAGCUCCUCUACUUAGGUAAAUGACUUGGAACUUCACCAUCUGCUGUUAUUUCAGGAUGUUAUUUAUAUUCUUAUCAGUAUUAACAAGUAUUUUUGGGGGGCUCUGUAGGUACCAGUAUCUUUGUGAAAGAGGGAACCUAAGUCUUCAAUUAGGGAAGGUGGGGGUUUGUGUUUAUUCUCUUGGAAAGUAGAGAAUAUACAGAAAAAGAUAAUAGCACAGACAUCUGUUUUGUGUAGACUUUCAAAAAAGUCUUGUACAAUUUCUGCCUUAUAACUAUGUUCCAUACAUUUUAAUCACUUGCAAUUAGAAGAAAAAAAUAAAUGUCUAGACUGAGUUUAGCAUUCACAGUGCAGACACCCACAGCCUCUUAUGUUCUUAGCUCAUGGCUACAUUCAUACAUAUCAGUGUAUUCCUUCUCCAUACACCAGAUUUUUUGAUUCGAUCCAGUCUCUGUUGGUUUGGCCUUUUGAUUAAUGUUUCUUUGCUUGCAUACUUCUCUAUGUGUCUGUAUGAGCAUAUGAAUGAACAUAUAUGGUAUAUAUCUACAUAAACUAUAAAUAUGUAUACAUGCACAUACAUAUAGGUAUACAUUUCCCCCGCUGGGAGCCAGAAUGAGAGUAAGGACAAAAGGAAUCUGAGAAAAGCAAGGUGCAUACUGUCCAAGCCAGUCAGAAUCUUGGAUGCUUGGAGGAUUACUUUAAACACUCGGCAAGUUUACUAUAGGAAGGAAUAUGUUCGCUUUUGUUUUUUUGUUAUUGUCAGCUAUAUAAUUAUACUGAUUCUCCUUCAUCUUCUGAUAUUACAUUGUUGUUGAGAUGAAUGAACAUCAUGAAUUGUACUGUAGUAGAUUAUUCAAUGACAUCUUUUCCUGAAUAGUAUUUUGGCAGGUUGUAAAGACUUGGGUUACAUACAUACCCACUCUAGUGAAGACAGUGUUUGUUUGGGCAGGGAAGAGGAGGAAGUCAUGGAAAAAUUAUCCUUUUCUAUACUCUCUUCUAAAUAAAGUAGCAUAGCUAAUUAGUUAGCUUCAGCCUGAGAAUAUUCACCUCACAUUAACUGUCAAGGGUCUUCUAAGUCAGUUGAAAAUAAGGAACACUAAGAAGUUAGGAAUCUCAACUGAUAACCUUGCUCUGAUUCCUAGAAGCAAAUACAGACUACUGAAAGUUGAGGAAUGCUUACAGAAGGUGCUACAUAGAAAUAUCUUGCUCUCUUGCUCAUAGGACAGAGCAGCCUCCUUUCCUCAAUAAACCUUCCACUUUUCUAGAAGCCAGCCUCAUUAGGAAGGUGCUAGCUGUUCAGAGACUAUCCAAAGAUGGAAUUAUUUUCUAAAAGAUUAUCUUUUAGGGGACUAAAUGCCGUUCCCAAGUUAUUUUAAAUUUCAGAAUCUUAAAUGUUUGAGGGAUGGAAACGAGAACGUUAGACUUAGAAGUUAGAUGAGUCACAGCUGUUGACUAUAGUAUUCUGCUCUUUGCUACAUUUUAAUGUCUUUGAAUAGACUUUAAGAGAACAAAAGGACCUCACUUAAGCUUUUAGAAAGGCUCUGUUCUCCUUACAGGUAAAACAGGGUGAUAACAAGUGCAGAAGGGUGGUAGGGUGCUCAGCAUCUGAUUGUUCUAAACAAUUUUUUGGAACCCAGAGGUUAUCAACUGCACAGAGUAAAACUUUCUUCAUUGGCUUAUUUUUUUACACUUAGAAGCAGAAGAAGAAGUGUUUCUUCUGGCUUUUUCAGGAAUAUUGAUGCCCUUGUAGCCAUUUCUUGGAGAGAAUGGGUGUUAAAUAUUUGAUUUAUAUAUGGUGAUGCCAAAGUCCUGCCUUGUUAGUGUAGGGUCAGCAACCCUUCCCUGGUCACUGAAUAGCUGCUUUUCUAUCUUUACUGGUUUUCCCCUCCCCCCUUUUUGGAAGCUUAAUUUCUAGAUUUGCUGGGAAAACAGCCUUUUAUCUUUUCUAAAAAUAAGAAUAUUUUUUGCUGAUUCCCAGUGGGUCUAGAGUUAGGGCUGGGGGAGAACUGAAGGAAUUGAAAAUUCCCUCAGGACUUCAAGUAGUACUACUGCUCUUAAAGAGGUUUUAUUUUUAAAUUCAUUUAUGUGCUUUGUUAACAUUAAGUUCAAUUACAGUAAUCAUAGUGGUUCUGUUCGUAUGUGUGUAUGUGUGACAUGCACCUGGUACUAAAGAAGGGCAACUUACUGAGAGCCGAGGAAAAAAAAUGGUCAAAACAGUUUGUUGUAUAAUGUCUUUGUUUGUGUAAUGCUUUUUGUUUGUUUUUGUCUUAAUUUUAAAGGACUGAUGUUCAUUACAGUGUUAAAGGAAAAUGUAACAAACUAAGUGUUUAGGAUAAAAGUGCAAUAACAAAAGAAAUUACUUUGGAACAAACUGAUUCUUAUGACCUACUUUGUGGUAUACCAAGUUCUUUUCAUAACAUUGUUACUGCAGGGCCAUAUCGUGUGUUUAAUUUUUAGAGACGCGACUGUAGGUUAAGACUUCAUUUAAUGUAAUUUUGAAUGGUCAGGUUUGGUUUUUAUAGAUUAUUCUGUAUACAUGUUGGAAUACACCAAACACCAGAUGUGCUGUAUAAUAAAGGUUAUAUUAACGUUUUA